AUGUCAUCCAUCGAAUGCUCUGCUGCGUCUAGCAGCGUCUCUGACCACAUUGGCGCGACCGGGACUCCCGUUGGCUUUGGCGAGACAUUCGAAUCCACAACCCCCUAUGCCGGCGGAAGUGCUGACGACUACAAGAUCCUUCGUCCGGGCGAUUUCAGAAGACCGAAGAGCCAGCUCAAGCUACGCUCUGCACUCUCCUCGCGUGACACUCAUGAUUCUGGCUCGGAAGCGUCAGACCGUACUGCCUCAACGUCGGCACCCAUCAGUGCAAACGGUCACAUUCGCGAUACAUCGCCUCUUCCUCCCGACUUUGAUCUUGUGAUCAAGAGCCCACGCAAUCUAGCUGAGCGCCAAGGCGGAGACCGAGCCACCUUCGGACCCCAAGAUCCAGACUCAGAUGGCUCCGACGCUGGCGACGACAUUGCCAUGCCAUCAGAACUCAACGAAGAGUUCGCUACGGUUGACGAGCAUCUGGGCCCAAAAGGUGGAACAUUCGCUCACGACAUGCAUUCAAAGAAACUUUGUGCUGCGACUUCUUCUCCAAGAACGCACGACGCGCAUCUCGAUCAGCUCAAACAAGAAGCUGACAAGCUGUGGGCGACCUACCGACCGGGCAAGACACCUCAACAUGCUUGGUCCGCGUCGGACCACAGUCUGAAUAGUAUCAUCGCAACCUCAGGGCAGCCCGCGCACAACCCUCAUCGAAUCACAUCGUUGCGCAGGUCUGCGGCUGUUGUCCUCGACGCCGUGCCUACUCGUGACUCGAAGCUGCUGCGCAAUUCUGUCGCCACCAACAGCAGUCAAUCUCAAAAGUCUGCGGCCCUCUCUCUUGGCGGCUCACCUGUGGAUGUCCUAACAUUUCCCCGCGUCACCGCAUCCUCGUCGCACGGAUCUGCACCACUAUACAGAGGCCCUGCUUCGUCUGAUCUGCACUUUCAUCGUCCGUACACAGCCUCGAUUGUUUCCUCAGCGUCUGAUGGUAGUUUCUUAAGCUACCAACAAAGUUUCGAGAGCGGCACCAGUCCUCUCCUCGUCCACCGAUCAGGCACAUCUUCUCGCGUGCCUAGUCGAAUGCUGCGACCGGCCACUUCGGGAAGCAUUCCGAACGCGCGCGUCGGCGCUUCCGACUUUGAACACUCGCAUCUCAUGCUCUCUGCUGCUACUGCUCGACCAGAGACGAGCAACCGACUCACUUCCGAGCAGAGGUGGCAACAGGUGCGAAGGACUAAGAAGCUCACGCAAUUGCUGGGGGAAGAGAUGCUACUGGCCUCCAAUGCUACUCAUUCCGAAGCCGCAAGCCACAACAUGCGCGUCAAACAUCGUCCACAGAGCAUGCCCUUUACUGCUGAAUCAGCAGUUCACACAUCAGCCUUGACAACGACGGCGGGUCACAAGACUCGGACGCUUUCACGCAAACUUCUCCGUAAUCGAAACCAUGGAGUUAAGAGCCUGGACCGUGCUUCCUCCGACAUGAUGAUGCAGCCUCCCGCCUCGGCACCUGCAAGUCUCAAUCGCAAAGCGGCUGCCGUUCUAGGUAUUGCCCAUCCCUACUCGUCUGGUGCACUUGCUCGCCCCUCUGCGGAAGAGAUGCUUGCAAGUGAUGGAGAGAUGGACAGGAUUUCGGACCUUCAGCCGCGCGCUUUCAUUCCUUCUGGCUUGGAGGAGUUCAAUCAGCCCACCCCCAAGGUGGCUCAGCUUGCUGCAUUCUCAGCUGCGGCUCUGGAUGAAGGUGCAUCGCCUACGUUACCUCAGGAUGGUCCUUUCGAAACUUUCGAUCGAUCUCACCUUGACCAUGCUCUCGCCAUUUCCGAGAGUCGAAAGCUCGCAGCCGCGCGUGAUGAGCGCCGUCGUCGCGUUGCCAAGAUGUCGCGCUGGCUCGGCGAGGCUGUCCCUGCCGAGCUCAUUUCAUCAGGUGCUCGCCAACUUCCGAGCGCCGUGAUUCGUAGCACUGAGCCAGCUCUCGAUUCUUCUUCGCUCGGCCAUGAUUCUGCUGCAUACACCUCAAGCGAGCUUAGCAAUCCGCGUCGAGGCCUGCCGUCUUCCAUUGCUUCCACUGCUUGCAACUCCUCCGCCCUCGAUCACGGCUCCGUGUCUCAUGAGGGUUCCACAGGGUCGAAUUUGCAUUCUUUCAUGUCAAUCGACAGCUCGGAAGACGAAGCAGAUGGUGAGGUUCCGGCUACUGUCAACCGCAUUGCUGGGCGUCCUCGAGGUCCUCUCGCUGCCAGUCACCGCUCGGUGACAAGUUCGCCCAGGAGUGUAGCAUCGGCACUGCCAGACCGAAUUUCUGCCUAUCGCACCUCGAUCGACAGCUGGGAGUAUUUGCUCGACACAAACGAUCACGAGCGGCUUACUGAACUUGCUUCGAUCUUCCACAACACGCGCCUGGCACCCAAAGCGGCUAUCAGCAAGACGAUGUCCUCAAUCGUUCGUUCUCCUCAUUCACUCGAUCGUCCUGCAAGCUCGCCCGCUGCUCCUAGCAUGGUUCCAACAUCGGCGGCACUCUUUGAAUGUAGUAUCAGUCGUGCUUCGCAGUCAGAAAUGCUACAUUGCAGCGUUGGUGCAAUUCCGCGGCGCUCGGCAGCCUUUCUCGAACUUUCGGAUUCCGAAAGCGACAGCACUGAGGCUGAUGAUGAGUUGCAGGACAUCGACCACCUUUCUCCGUACUAUUCUGCAACGCUGCGACAGAAGCGAAUUGAUUCUCAAGAUCGAUCCAUUUCCAAGCUGUCCAAUUUCUUCGGUUCUACACCAUCGCAAAUUGUUCAAUCGCAAAGCGACAUUCAUUCCGGCGCCAUCGCCACUUCCAGCGGCGAUUGCAUCGAUAUGAUUGACGAUCAAAACGCCAGGAGAUUCCAGCCGUUUAAAGCGAAAGGAAACAGGAUCUCACAGCCAGAUGCGCUCAAGACUAUGCUGCGUUCGCUGCAAGAGGAAGCACUGGAUGAUUCCGGGUUGACCAACGUUCAAAAAUCUGAGAUCUUAAGAAAGGUGCAGAUGCUCAAGAAAAGAACGACGAGCAUGUUUGCCUGA